UCUGAUUUGGCGGGUAAUCUAGCAGCAGUAGCACUGUUGACCCGGUUUUGGUUGGAGAGCUCUGAGCGCCCAUAUCCAGACCCGGAAGUAGUCAAAGCAAGCAGCACGAGUUCGUUGGUUGUUCGUUGAGAAAACAAGAAGCCGGUGGAAAGGACCUCAAAUUGUUUUUACGCCCUAAAAAUGAGUCUAUUAACCAAGCCCAAGUCGGAGAUGACUCCAGAGGAGCUCCAGAAGAGGGAGGAGGAGGAGUUCAACACGGGUCCCCUGUCCGUGCUCACACAGUCGGUCAAGAACAACACACAGGUCCUCAUCAACUGCCGCAACAACAAGAAGCUUCUGGGAAGAGUCAAAGCCUUUGACAGACACUGUAACAUGGUGUUGGAGAACGUGAAGGAGAUGUGGACGGAAGUCCCCAAGAGUGGCAAAGGGAAGAAGAAGUCUAAACCUGUGAAUAAGGACCGAUACAUCUCCAAGAUGUUCCUCCGGGGAGACUCUGUCAUCGUUGUGCUGAGAAACCCGCUCAUCACAGGGAAAUAAACAUUUAGCUUUUUGGUAUUUUUUCUCUUCUUCUGUUGUCUCCAGUCAAAGAAGCUGUUUAGAUCUUGACAGUCAAUUGUUGUUGGAAUGCUUUUUUUGUCAUGUAUGAACAACCUGGUUGUCAUUUUACAAAAAAGACAGUGCAGAGACAUUUUCUCUGAAUACUGAUUAGCAUGAUGACCUGAUUUAGUUUUUUUGUGGGGUGUUAUUUCUCUGUCCCUUUUUUCAUUUUGAUAAUAAAAUGAUAAAACCAA